AUGGGAGUACCAGAGGCACAGCGCAGCUGGGAGCUGGAAGACCGGGCCAAGCAAGCCUCUUUUGACCCACCUCAAGAAGACAUAACCGCCUAUGGAUCAAGAUCACAAUACCAACCUGAGCCUCUAUGGCCAUUCCAAGAAACCGACCAAGACAAGCAGCCUCACUUCUCACCACCGCCUCCUCCUCCUCCGAUAAAUCCGCCAAUUCACCAUCAACCCGCACCGAGUCCGAGAAGAUCUGGGCACACCCGCCACGUCCUAAGGUACUGGGGCCUCGAGAUCUUCACCCUCUUCGUCGCAAUCUGCCUACUCACCGCAAUCAUCUGGCUCCUCACCCACUACGAUGGCCACUACAUGCCGAAAUGGCCCUUUGAAAUCAACCUCAACUCCGCCAUCGCCCUCCUCUCGACCUUUCUCCGCGCCGCCAUCGUCGCCGCCGUGGCAGAAAUCAUCGGCCAGAUCAAAUGGACCUGGUUCGCCGAACAGACCCGGCCCCUCCAGCACCUCCAAGACUUUGACGCUGCGAGCCGCUCCAUCCUCGGCUCCACGAAGCUCCUGGCGAUGCUCGUGUGGAACCUGGGUUUCUCCUCCACAGGCUUCCUCGCCAUCGGUGCCGCCACCGUGACGAUUGCCAGUCUUGCCGUUGGCCCCGUCACUCAGCAGGCCGUCCGCACGGUGACUUGCCCCAUGCUCGAGGAUAACAUCCGCGCCAGGAUCCCCGCCGCUAACUAUGUCCCGGGCUCGUCCGCCUACUACCGCGUCGGCGCCGGGUCUUAUGAGAUCGAGGUGGACAUGAAGAGUGCCAUGAUCCAGGGGAUUACGGAUCCGGGUAGCCAGGACAGCGACGUCCAGGUCCUCUGCCCCAGCGGCAACUGCACGUGGCCGGACUACGGCACGGGCGUCACGCACGCGAGCAUCGGGGUGUGUAGCAAGUGUAUCGACACGACGAGCUUCGUCAGCGAGCCUGACACGGUGGGCAACCUGUCGCUGCCGGACGACGGUGCCGUCAUCAACAUCCUGGCCGGAAAGUAUAUGUGGAUGGGCUACAGCAACCUGACGGCGUACACAAAGCUCUUCAACGACGACUUCGCCGCGGCUGCCCCGGUUUCGAUGGCCAACUUUAGCAUGCUCAUGAUCUCGACGUCUCCUUGCACAUCGGACAACUCGACGGGGACAUCGAAGCUGACGUGCCCGCAUCGCCUCUCCCAAUCCGACAACAGUUACUUCAGCAACCUAGGGGAUUACGUCGCCGCCUCGUGUAUCUUGUACCCGUGCUUGAAGGAGUAUCAUGCGCGAUACGUGAACAAUACCUUGACGGAGACGGUCGUCCGUACGACGACGGCGAUGUCUAAUCCCGCCGAGAAUGCGGCGUCAGGAUACUCAUUGUACGGCAAUUACACGGCGAGGCAGAGCCCGUGUGUGAUUGACAACGGCACCUGGUACGAUACCACCAACCAGAGCCAGGCCUUGGACAUUCCCGGGCGCAUCUGGACCAACUUCAGCGUGAGCGGCAGCGACGAGGUCACCCGUGUGCCGAACGAAUGCCUGUACAAGAUGGACGGCACCUUCUUCUCCGCGCUAUCGACCUUCCUCAAGGCGAGCUUGCUGAGCGCCUCGUGCCGGUACGACUCUAUGCAGAGCGGGCACCUCAACUGCUACGACUCGUGGUGGCUCACGCCGCUGUGGGCCGACAUGAACGCCACCGUGACCAACCUCACGAGCGCCGUCGAUGACUUUGCUUGGGCCGUGACGAACAAGCUCCGGAUGACGGGGCUCGGACCGGACGUCGUCCGUGGCGCGGACGCUCUGUUGAAUCGCCGGGCCGAGGCGCUAGGCGAGGUUUGGGCGAGCUCGACGUGUACCUACUUUGACAGGGAAUAUAUCGCCCUGCCUAUCAUUUUGGUGGGCCUCUGCGGGAUUCUGCUGGGCUGGAUCAUUCUCAAAAACUACAACGACCCGGAGCAGCCCGUCUGGAAGGGCAGCGUGCUGCCGCUGUUAUUCUUCGGGUUGCAUGAUACUAUGGGUCCGAAGGGAACAGCGGGCGGAGCGAGCAAUGGUAGUGAUGGGCCCAGGGACCGGGGCCGCAUGGCGAGAAAUAUGACGUUCUUCAAGGAGAACGGACGGUCGGCGCCGGAGCUAUAUCGGAUUCAGCAGGAGUCAGGCCGAAUGCGGGUGCGAUUCCACGGCGGGACGGACCCGGGAUUCUUGGAUCUGGGCACAGGGAGAAGUGAUCCAGAGGCCGCGAAUGCGUCGUUGGUGCCGGGGCAGGGUGACUCGCCUGGCACCAAGAUGAGAUGA